GUGAUGACUUAGAGAAGCAACUAAUUAUUCAAAAGCUUCGUAAUAAAUUUAAUGAACUAGAGGAACAAGUACCUGAAUUAUCUACACAUCCAACUUUAUCUAAUACAGAAGCUGCAACAUAA